GAUCAUAAAUAAGAAAGAGAGAGAGAGAGAGAGAAGAAGAAGAAGAGAUGGGAAACGUGAGAUGGCUUCUCAACUUUCUCAACCAUGCCAACAAGCAAGAAAGUGUUGAGAAUCCUGACAAAACCGGUGUCGUAAAGGCCUCAAACAGUGGAUUCAAGAUGCCAUUGCAUUACCCAAGAUACAAGAAGGAGGACUACGAGGAGAUGGAAGAGUGGAGAUUGGAUUUGCUUCUUUCAGACUACGGACUUCUUGCCUUCCAUGACAAUACUCUACAUGAGAAGCGAGCUUUUGCAAUCGGAGCUUUUCUGUGGCCUCAGCACCCGUAAUUUCCAUCUCCUUUAUUUAUCUUCUUUAUAUUAUUUAAGAGUACUAAUGGAGAUUGUGUAGAGAUACGAGAGCGGAAGAGAUGAAAGAAACCGCGAUAUCAAUCUACCCAAGAUAUAUGUCAGAAGAAGUCCGUAGUCUGAAAGAAGCAAACGUAUCUUUAGUUUUCAUUAGACCACUUUAUGUUGUCUAUAUAAGUUUAGCUUUGGAUUUUGCAUCUAUGAAUCUUCAAUUCAAUAAAAUGUAGUUUUACCGCUUGUCAUGGUAAUAUGGUAUCAAAGCCUUCAUUCAAAUCUCCCCCAAAUGAGGCUGAGUCUAAUUCAUUAUAUUUCCUUACCUUGUGUUGCUAUUAUUGUACCAAAGAAUGAACAUAAAGAAAGGUGAAGAUCCAUUAGUAUCA